AUUUUGUUCAUGAAUUUGUACUAUAUUAUUGUAUUACUUAUGUAGUCAAAUUUAUAUUUGAAGAAUUCACAGGUUAAGAAACCUAAACAUUUUAUAACUUCUCUAGCCCAAUCAAACUCUCAAAGUAUUGAAUUCAAUUGAAUUUCAUUUUGAUCGUAAGUUGGAUAUAAUGUAGGAGUUUGAAAUUGUUUAAGUUUUUAGAAUGAUGACAGGUUUUUAUUCACUCAAUUUAUUUGUUGAAUAUAUGAACGUAAAUAGUAUUAAUAAACUGUAUACAGUGUGAAACAGAAAUAUGAAAAAAGCAAAUAACCUCAAAAUACUCUUUGCAAGUGUUUUGAGUAGAACAUUACUAUAUUAAGAAAGACAUUAUAUAUACUAACAUAUUUAUAUAAAAAGUACGAUGUAUUGUUUUGUUAAAAUGUCAAAUGUACGAAUAUUUGUUGUAAAACAAAUAUUUAGACAAUUUGGUACUAGUAAUACAAAUCUCAGUAUCUCAAAACAAAGUAGAUACAUAAACAAAUUCAUAAAGCAAGGCCAAUCAUCAAGAAGAGAUCCACUUGAUUUUUCAAACCCUUUUGUUUUUGGACCAUCAAAAACUAAGGUUUCAGCACAUGUACAGCGAAGAGUAAAUGUUUUAAAUACAGUUUUUAUGAAAUACGUCACAGAUUUAUUGUCAACAGGAGAAAUUGAACCUGAACUUCUGAACAGAGACAUAGAAAUUUCUCAUGUAGAUAUAACUAAAGAUUUUAAGCAUCUCAAUAUAUUUUGGAUAGACAAUGAUGUUAAUACUAAAUCUGAUACAACAGAAUUAUUAAAUAAUUGUGCACAUAAAUUAAGACAUGAAUUAUCUCAGCUUAAGGUCAUUGGCUGUGUACCUCCUGUACACUUUCUAAAGUGCAAGGGUAUUAGUCAAUUAAAAGAGGUAGAAGAAAAAUUAAAAACUUUGGACUUUGGGGAAGAUCAUGUACCUAGUUUAUAUUCAAAUGCUAUAAAUUGCACUGUUAUAUCUAAAACCUCUCUCAGUGAAGAGAAAGAAGUGAGCAAAAAUGAAAACUCAGAAAAUGCAGACAAUGUUUUUAGUGUAACUUUACCAAAGAUGAGACAUGAUGUAUUUGAAUUGGAUCACUUUAGAAUUAUGUCAAAGAUCAAAUCUUCAUUGAAUAAAUCAAGAGAUACUUUAAGAAAACAACAAACAAAUGUACAGUAUCCUUCAACACCUCUUUCUGAACUAGAUUUUGAAAAUACUUCAAACAUGUUAACUAUAGAAGAUCAGCAAGAAUUCUCCAAAUUUUUAAUUCAACGACGAAAGGAACGAAAAUACAAAAAUAAAAUGAAAUAUUGUAAUGAAACUGUCAUUGAUAAUGUUCCUGAAGAAAGAGAUGAUGAUGAUGAUUAUGACGAUGACGAUUGGAGCAUUGAUCAAGACUUUAAUGAAGAUGAUACUGAUAACAUGAUUGACAAUUAUUAUGAAGAUCAUAUUGAUAAUAAAUUUAAAGACAAACAUUAAAUGUCAACAAGGAAUUAAUAUUGCAGAAUACUUUUUCCCUUUGAUACAAACGCAAAAGACUGGUAUCAACAACAUUUAUUUCUACAUUCAAUUUUGUUUUAUAUUACAACUGUACAUAAUGUACAAUUCAAUUUUUCUUCAUUGAAUUUACAACAUGAUUUAUGUGCAAUAUUAAUGUCAAUUAUUGAUCCCAUUGGUUCAAUUUCCUUUGAUGUUGCUAGAAUUUCUUCAUGAUCGCAAAAUAUUUAUAACUGUUUCAAAAAG